AUGGAACAAUUACUAAGUGCCAAUGACAAUUUUCCAUUGAGACAAUUAGAUCAGAUUGAUUUGAAGAGCAUCGACGAGCAGCUCGAGAGGCACUUGAGCCGGGUUUUGACCCUGGACAAGGAGAAGGAGAAGAGGAAGAGUCAGGACGAUCUCCUCCUCAGGCCCACCGUCGCUGCCGCGUCCAUCUCCGUCGCCGCCGGGAGGCAGAGGCAGGAGUGGGAGAUCGAUCCAUCUAAGCUGAUCGUAAAGGGUGUUCUGGCGCGCGGCACGUUUGGGACCGUCCAUCGUGGAGUCUACGACGGCCAGGAUGUUGCCGUUAAACUGCUCGACUGGGGAGAAGAGGGCCACCGAUCAGAAGCCGAAAUAGCAUCUCUAAGAGCAGCUUUUACUCAAGAAGUUGCAGUGUGGCAUAAACUCGAUCAUCCUAAUGUGACCAAGUUCAUAGGUGCUACAAUGGGCUCGUCGGGACUCAACAUUCAAACCGAAAACGGUCAGAUAGGCAUGCCGAGUAACAUCUGCUGUGUUGUUGUGGAAUAUCUUCCAGGAGGUGCCUUGAAGUCGUACCUCAUUAAGAACAGGCGAAAAAAGCUUGCUUUCAAAAUAGUUGUGCAGAUGGCACUUGAUCUUGCUAGAGGGCUGAGUUACCUUCAUUCUCAGAAGAUUGUCCACAGAGAUGUUAAGACGGAAAAUAUGUUGUUAGAUAAGAAUCGUACGGUUAAAAUAGCUGAUUUUGGAGUUGCUCGUGUGGAAGCCUCAAAUCCAAAUGACAUGACGGGGGAGACUGGAACCCUCGGUUAUAUGGCACCCGAGGUUCUGAACGGCAAUCCAUACAACCGAAAAUGUGACGUGUACAGUUUUGGCAUUUGCUUGUGGGAAAUAUAUUGUUGUGACAUGCCCUACCCAGACCUUACUUUCUCCGAGGUGACAUCAGCAGUCGUUCGCCAGAACUUGAGGCCAGAAAUUCCGAGAUGCUGCCCGGGCUCUCUUGCAAACGUGAUGAAAAGAUGUUGGGACGCGAACCCAGACAAGAGGCCCGAAAUGGACGAGGUUGUCAGAAUGUUGGAAGCCAUCGACACAUCGAAGGGCGGUGGAAUGAUCCCGGUCGAUCAGCAGCCGGGCUGUUUUUGUUUCCGCAAGACACGUGGCCCGUGA